AAGAAAAUGAAAAUCAGAGAUCACAGAUUGGCACAUUUAACGUUGCCACUCCCCUCGCUUAGAUUUCGGUCCCAUUCUCUCUCUCUCUGUUUCUUUCUCUGUAACGAACGCACCUUCUGAAUCCAAACGCGACUCUCAAACCUUUAACUUCAACUGCAAAACCAACAUCAAAUCAAACAUUCCAUAAAUCACUUUUGUUGAAAUUGUUAAUCCUCGUUUUGAUUUGAUUUCCUCAUUCCGCCUCAUCCAUGUCGUCCGGGGGCCCCUCCACCACCUCCGCCAACACCUCGCCGCGAGUCGCCGCUGGCCCCACCACCACCCGCCGCCGCGUCCCCGACAACACAACCACCACCUCCCCCGCCGUCGACGCCGAGAAGCAGCAACAACAACCGUCAUCCAGCUUCUCCGAUUUCUCAGAAACAGAGCAAGACGACACCGUUUCGCACAGUUACCAUUUCCACCUCCACCCCGUCACGCGCUACCUCCUCCUCCGCGCCCGCAUUCUCCUCUGCGUGCCGGAGUGGUUCUUCCUCCGCGCCGAGCAUGUUUUCGUCUGGCUCGCCGGUUCGGUCCAGUCCUUCCGGUCCGGGAAAAACGUGGGCCGGAAGAUCCUCGCGCUGCUUAUUUCCAUGGUGGUGAUGUCAGUUUUUUUGAAGGUUUCGCUCAUCGGUGGCGGCGUUGAUGUUAACCGGAGGAGAAUCGAGAAUGGGCAACUCAUCUUGCAGCGGUUCAAGGAGGAUUGGGCUUCCGCUCAGAGGGUGAUCUCCGAGGCUGCCUCUUCAGAAACCUCCAUGCCCAAAAGGGUCCUCGAGAGAUUGGCUACUCCAGAAAUAUGGAAGAAACCAAACAGUGACAACUACUACCAAUGCAUUUCUCGACACAGGAAUCGAAUAAGGACAAAGUCAAAGACAAAUGGCUAUCUUCUUGUUCAUGCGAAUGGUGGAUUGAAUCAAAUGAGAACUGGGAUAUGUGAUAUGGUUGCAGUAGCCAAAAUAAUGAAUGCCACACUUGUCCUUCCUUCUCUUGACCAUGAUUCAUUUUGGACUGAUCCAAGUGACUUUAAAGAUAUUUUUGACUGGAGGCACUUCAUGAAAGUUUUGAAAGAAGACAUUGAGAUUGUUGAGUAUUUGCCGAUCCAGCACGCAUCUGCGAAACCUCUGGUGAAGGCCCCUGUUUCAUGGUCAAAGGCUAGUUACUAUAGAGGCGAGAUUCUUCCGCUGUUGAAGCGGCACAAGGUUGUACAAUUCACCCACACGGAUUCCCGUCUCGCCAACAAUGGCCUCGCUUCCUCUAUUCAGAAGCUUAGGUGCCGCGCCAAUUACCAAGCUCUCAGGUAUACACCAGAGAUAGAAGAGCUUGGGAGGACAUUGGUGGAUAGGCUGAGAAACAAUAAUGAACCAUAUAUUGCCCUUCAUUUAAGAUAUGAGAAAGACAUGCUUGCAUUUACCGGCUGCAGCCAUAAUCUCACUGCAGAGGAGUCUGAUGAACUAAGGGUUAUGAGGUAUGAGGUCAAGCAUUGGAAGGAAAAAGAGAUUGAUAGUGUAGAUAGGAGAUUGCAAGGUGGAUGCCCCAUGUCACCAAGAGAAGCUGCUGUUUUUCUGAAAGCCAUGGGGUACCCUUCCACUACAACAAUCUACAUAGUUGCAGGACCUAUCUAUGGCAGCAAUAGCAUGGCAGCAUUCCGGUCGGAGUACCCUAAUGUCUUCACUCAUUCCACCCUUGCAACCGAGGAGGAGCUAGAGCCCUUCAAGCCGUAUCAAAAUCGUCUCGCGGCUUUGGAUUACAUAGUAGCCCUGGAAAGUGAUGUCUUUGUCUACACAUAUGAUGGAAACAUGGCCAAGGCAGUGCAGGGCCAUAGGAGGUUUGAAGGAUUUCGGAAGUCUAUCAAUCCAGACAGAUUGAAUUUUGUUAGGCUGAUUGAUCAAUUGGAUGUGGGUUCCAUAUCUUGGGAUGCAUUUUCUUCUAAGGUGAAAAAUUUGCACGCCGAUAGGCUAGGGGCGCCCUAUCCUAGACAGGUAGGAGAGUCACCGAGAACAGAAGAGAACUUUUUUGCAAAUCCGUAUCCCGGUUGUGUCUGCAACAAGUCUCAGGAGCUAAUUACAAGCCUGAAACUAGACCAACGAUUCGGCAUUGGAGCACAAAGAUGAUAGUAUCUUGGUUUUGUUAUAUAUGACUAGUGGGGUUUCAUCUUGCACUAUGCAACUGUCCUUGAAGUUUAAGGCAGAUAGCUCAUUCGGGUUGUGGAAGGAAUGUGCUGAUGAAAAAUCAAAGAUUUUUUGUACAAGUUUCAGUUUAGGGCAUACAAAAGGGGUAAGAGGAGAAGGUUUUUGUGUAUAAUCGAAAGGAAAAUCACAGGUUAGAUAUAUUUAAACUGGGGAUGUUGAUAUUGGGAUUAACAAUACCCCUAUGGAUGUGGUGGGAGAACAAUGUCAAAACCAUUCAGAUUCAUUGAUUCUUUUUUUGAGGGACAAAUGGAGCACAAUUCAAAUUUUGAAUUCAACACAUGGUACAUAGGAAUCUAGCUUCAUACUUUGCAAGUUUGCAUUACAUAUCUUGUUUAUUCUUCAUAUUUAUGUUGUUCCCUGAAUUGCAGCCUACGUGUGUAUAAAUAUUAAUGAUUUAGUUGAUUUAUUAUUUUUCAA